GGCUGCGCUCACCUCGCCGGGCCGGGAGCGGACAGGCCCUGCCCUGAAGGGGUGAAGCUGCUGGGAACGUGGGAGGUGGAGCCGGCCCCAGCGGCCGCCCAGCGUUUCAGCCCAGCGCCCCCUCCCAGGACCCAGCCCAAGGCGGACCCAGGCCUCUGUCCAUGCCGGGCGCCCCUGGCUUGGAAGAGUCUCGGAGGCAAGGAACAGCUCCAAGAAGCGGCAUCAGCAGCAGAGAAAGAAGGGAGAGUGCUCAGCUUGGGCGGCCCGGACCCUCGCCGCAGCGUUUGGAGCCCUGCGCUGCCCCGAAGUGUGCGCUCGGCACCGCCGUUCGGGAAAGGGCAGCUCCGGUUGGGACCCCGACCCGGACCCCCUGCGCCUCCUAGGCGGCGCCGUCGCGUCACCCAGUUCUUCCAAGAUCUCUCUCUGCCUGGCGGCAGUCACGGCCAAGAGAGUAUUAUGAGGGAGGCCGAGGACGCCACACUCCGGGCAGAGACGCGGCGCCGGGCGUAGGGGCCGCCCCCUCUGAGAGGAUGCUGGCGAUCUGCAGGGGGAGGCGGAAAUUCCUGGCUGCCUCGCUGACUCUUCUCUGCAUCCCAGCCAUCACCUGGCUUUACCUGUUUGCUGGGAGCUUUGAAGAUGGAAAGCCCGUGUCUCUGUCUCCACUGGAGUCCCAGCCGCACAGCCCCCGGUACUCAGCCUCGGGCCCGCGGGAGCGCGAGAGCCUGGAGGUGCGCGUGCGCGAGGUGGAGGAGGAGAACCGUGCGCUGCGCCGGCAGCUCAGCCUGGCCCAGGGCCGGGCCCCAGCCCAUCGCCGUGGCAACCACUCCAAGACCUACUCCAUGGAGGAGGGUACCGGGGACAGCGAGAACCUUCGCGCUGGCAUCGUGGCGGGCAACAGUUCCGAGUGUGGGCAGCAGCCGGUGGUGGAGAAGUGUGAGACAAUCCACGUCGCGAUCGUCUGCGCUGGAUAUAACGCCAGCCGGGACGUCGUCACCUUGGUCAAGUCCGUCCUGUUCCACAGGCGGAACCCUCUGCACUUCCACCUCAUCGCCGACUCCAUCGCCGAGCAGAUCCUGGCCACGCUCUUCCAGACCUGGAUGGUGCCCGCCGUGCGCGUGGACUUCUACAAUGCGGAUGAGCUCAAGUCUGAGGUGUCCUGGAUCCCCAACAAGCAUUACUCUGGGAUCUACGGGCUGAUGAAGCUCGUCCUGACCAAGACCCUCCCCGCCAACCUGGAGAGGGUCAUUGUGCUCGACACUGACAUCACCUUCGCCACCGACAUUGCGGAGCUGUGGGCCGUGUUCCACAAGUUCAAAGGUCAGCAGGUCCUGGGCUUGGUGGAGAACCAGAGUGACUGGUACCUCGGAAACCUGUGGAAGAAUCACCGCCCUUGGCCCGCCCUUGGGAGGGGCUACAAUACGGGGGUGAUCCUGCUGCUCCUGGAUAAGCUGCGGAAGAUGAAAUGGGAGCAGAUGUGGAGGCUCACCGCCGAGAGGGAGCUGAUGGGCAUGCUGUCCACAUCCCUAGCCGACCAGGAUAUUUUCAACGCGGUCAUCAAACAGAACCCCUUCCUCGUGUAUCAGCUCCCCUGCUUCUGGAACGUGCAGCUGUCGGACCACACCCGCUCGGAGCAGUGCUACCGAGAUGUGUCUGAUCUGAAGGUCAUUCACUGGAACUCCCCCAAGAAACUGCGGGUGAAGAACAAGCACGUGGAGUUCUUCCGCAACCUCUACCUGACCUUCCUGGAGUACGACGGGAACCUCCUGCGGCGGGAGCUGUUCGGCUGCCCCAGCGAAGCUGACGUCAACAGUGAGAACCUCCAGAAACAGCUGUCCGAGCUGGACGAGGACGACCUGUGCUACGAGUUCCGGCGAGAGCGCUUCACCGUCCACCGGACCCACCUGUACUUCCUGCACUAUGAGUAUGAGCCCGCUGCGGACAGCACCGACGUCACCCUGGUCGCCCAGCUCUCCAUGGACAGGCUCCAGAUGCUCGAGGCCAUCUGCAAGCACUGGGAGGGGCCCAUCAGCCUGGCCCUCUACCUGUCCGACGCCGAGGCGCAGCAGUUCCUCCGCUACGCGCAGGGCUCCGAGGUGCUCAUGGGCCGCCGCAACGUGGCCUACCACAUCGUGUACAAGGAGGGCCAGUUCUACCCCGUGAACCUGCUGCGCAACGUGGCCAUGAAGCACGUGGGCACGCCCUACAUGUUCCUGUCCGACAUCGACUUCCUGCCCAUGUACGGGCUCUAUGAGUACCUCAGGAAGUCGGUCAUCCAGCUCGACCUCGCCAACACCAAGAAAGCGAUGAUUGUCCCCGCGUUCGAGACGCUGCGCUACCGGCUCUCUUUCCCCAAGUCCAAGGCAGAGUUACUGUCCAUGCUGGACAUGGGGACCCUCUUCACAUUCAGGUACCACGUCUGGACUAAAGGCCACGCGCCCACCAACUUCGCCAAGUGGCGGACCGCCACCACGCCUUACCGGGUCGAGUGGGAGGCCGAUUUCGAGCCGUACGUGGUUGUGAGACGGGACUGCCCGGAGUACGACCGGAGGUUCGUGGGCUUCGGCUGGAACAAGGUGGCCCAUAUCAUGGAGCUGGAUGCGCAGGAAUACGAGUUCACCGUGCUUCCCAAUGCCUACAUGAUCCACAUGCCUCACGCCCCCAGCUUCGACAUCACCAAGUUCCGGUCCAACAAGCAAUACCGCAUCUGUCUCAAAACCCUGAAGGAAGAGUUUCAGCAGGACAUGUCCCGCCGCUACGGUUUUGCCGCCCUCAAAUAUCUCACGGCCGAGAACAACAGCUAGCACCAAGAAGCGACCGCCAGGGACAGACAUUCUGCAGGGGGAGAAGCCACUGGCUGUUUGGGGCCCAGCCUUCAAACUCAAAGUCAAGCGAUGCUUUUUUUUGGUUUGUUUUUAUUUGUCUCUUUGGCCCAACAAGGCUGCCCACACCACAGAGACCUGGGACAAGGAUCCGUCCAGCCCCUCUCUGCCCCAUGACCCAGCAUUCCCAGAAUAUGGAAAAAGAGCUCAUCCACACCGUCUCUUCAAGAUUGGGACAUGGAGGGGUGAGAGGGAGCAAUAGGGUUCUCCUGCCACAAAGCCACAAAUCCAAGCAGGUCUUUUGAAUGUCUCAUUGCUUUCUAAGAAAAGGAAGUUGGGGUGCUAGGAGUCUGCCAUUCCAGGAAAUAAAGGCAAAAAAUGUGUCUUCACUCAGAGGAAACUUUCUUUUCUGCCCUGCAACCUAGCUGAGUACCCAAGGGGAGGGCAAACCCAUGAUCAGAACCAACCAUUUGAAACAGCCCAAUGGGGGGACAUUGGACCUGGUGGGACCUGGUGGUGGGGGUCAGUUGGUUCUUUAUGCUCAAGGUCCCUGUUGUUUUGUUUCGAUUUGUUUUUGUUUGGGGGGAUUUUGUUGGUUUGUUUUUGGUAUGGGAAUACCAAAAUAGAAAAAUCUGAUCUUGUAAGGCUCUGAAGGAAAAUCAGCCGCCCCAACCAAUACCCCUCCAUCAGCAGUGGCCCAGCAAGGAGGAAGCGUCUUCAGCCAAUAGUUGAACGUGGGCAGCCUUCUACAGGAUCACCGCUGAGGCCCCGUGACCUUGAAUCCCCAGCUCCCCAGAGUCCAGGGGCUGAGACGGAAAGAUGAAAACCGACUGUUUCACAACCAGUCACGUUUUCUAUCGGCAAUGACCGGUUCCUGGGGAAAGGGCUUUGAAGGAACCGGUUCAGUGCACAGGAAAGGUACGAACCUCUCAGGCCUUUGUAAGAACUUUCAUACUUCAUGUGAGCCCGGUUCUGAAGAUUCAUGCGUCCCUUUGGAGACCUUCGGGAAGGAUGUGUCAGGUUUCUCUCUGCCCACGCCCACUUCGCCACGGCUGGGACGAGGUCACGACCUCAGGCUCCCUUUGGGCCCGUCCAGAGGGUAGACGAGCACCUUCACUGUUAUGCAGAUUGAUCGAGGAGACACUGGACUUUGUACCCAUUUUCUUGAAUCUUCAAUAUUAAUGUUGUGUUUACAUGGAUGAGAUGAGAGUCAGCGCCCUACUCUGCUGGGCGGUUUGUAUUGAGUUGCGAUGUGACCGGCGAGCGCUGCAUUCAAUAAACGGAAGUAUGGACUGAUCCUUCCCCACUCCCCUCACGCUCCUGUAAGACGCGCCGGGGCCCACUUCAGUGCAGAGGGCAAAGGCGAUAAACAGCAACUUGACGCUUUC